AUGCAACUAUAUAGUAUUUAUAAAAGAAAUAUACUCAUAAACUGUUAUAAGAAAAGAAUACAUAAUGUCAAAUUGCCCAAUGUCUAUAGUAUUAAAGAAAUAUAUGAAAAACAAACAAUACCAGCUGAAACUAUUAUAGUCAAUGGCUGGAUAAAAUCUUUAAGAAAAAUGAAAAAUGUAACAUUUGCAACUAUUAAUGAUGGAACAACAGGAAAAAGCCUACAGACGGUACUUAGGCCAGAGCAAGCAAAAAGAUUAUCAAUAGGCUGUAGUGUAAAAUUAACGGGAUCAUAUAUAAAAGCACAAGGAGGAUCAAAAGAAAAACAAGAAUACGAGCUUCAUGUUAAUAAUGUACACGUAUACGGAUAUGCUGACCCAUCAUCAUAUCCAUUGCAAAAAAAAAAUCACACUGCAGAAUUCCUUAGAAAAAAACCACAUCUUAGAUUACGUACAGAAUCUAUGUCUAAAUUGUUACGCCUAAGAUCCUUUUUGAUAUCAACCAUAUCGUUAUUUUUUUCUGAUAGAAAUUAUAUUCAAACACAUCCUCCUAUCUUAACAUCAUCUGAUUGUGAAGGUGCAGGAAAGAUAUUCCUAGCAAAAACUGAAGAUGGUUUAACAGAUUUUUUCAAAAAACCAGUAUAUUUAACAGUUUCAACGCAACUACAUUUAGAAGCACUGGCGCAUUCAUUAUCAAAAGUAUGGUCUUUAAGUCCAAUAUUUAGAGCAGAAGAAAGUCAAACAUCAAAACACUUAGCGGAGUUUUAUAUGUUAGAAGCAGAGAUUUCUUUUAUUGAUAACCUGGAAGAAUUAAUAUCUGUUAUAGAACAGAUGAUCUAUCAUUCAGUAGAAAAUUUAAGAAACAGUUCUAUUGGACAAGAACUGGUUUCUAAAAGCUAUAAAAUAAGUACAAAAAACCAAACAAAUCUUGAAGAUCGCUGGAAUUUUUUACUAAAAAAACACUGGGCUAGAAUUACAUAUACAGAAGCAAUUAAUGCUUUAAAAAACUCAUCAGUUCAGUUUAAAUUCCCUCCAGAAUACGGAAAUGACAUACAAGCAGAGCACGAAAAAUGGUUAACUGAAAAAUAUAUAUGCAAACCAGUUUUUAUUAUAAAUUAUCCAAAAGAAUUAAAACCUUUCUACAUGCGUCUUAAUAACGACUCUUCUAAAGAUGAAGAGCGAAAUACUGUUUCUUGUUUUGAUCUUCUUGUACCAGAAAUAGGAGAAUUAGCAGGAGGAAGUUUACGCGAAGAACGUAUAGAUAUACUUGAGCAAUCAAUUAUUACCUCUAAAAUGAAAAUAUCAAAUUUAUCAUGGUAUGUUGACCUUCGACGCUGGGGUGCAACCAAACAUGGUGGCUUUGGACUCGGAUUUGACCGGUUUAUUGCUUACUUGGCCGGAAUAAAAAAUGUAAAAGAUGUUGUAGCUUUUCCAAGAUGGUAUCAAUAUUGCGAGUUUUAG